AUUCCGUCUCCAACAUGUCGGAGAACUGGUAGGCAUUCUUGGCAGCCUCCCCGGAUUUCAGCGCGUCGAGCGAUUGAGUCUCGGGCAGCUGUACUUCGAUGAGAAUCCCUCUAUGGCUGCCUUAACGCAGGCAUUCCGAGAUUCGUGCCUUGGGAGGAUCAGGGAGCUCACGCUGCAGCUCUUCAACGGGGCUGCAGUAGAGUUCCCCGCUCCCGUCAUCAUAGCGCUGCUUGCGCACUGUAGUCAUCUCAAGCAUGUCCACUUUCGAGGGUACGGAGCCUUCUACGGCAAUUACAGCAGUUUUGGGAGCUCUGAGAUGUGGAAACAGUGGCUCUUUCAUUCACGCGGUAGACCCUACGCCGUCGUGAGUGAGCGCAGGAUCAAGACGAUCAGCUUCGAAGGUAUAGGCUGCCAGCGUAUGGAGGAUGUGCUGGCUUUCAUGGUCAGCGGUGAUUCCCCAUUCGAUAUUGAAGGACUUCAGUGUCUUUCCAUUCCCUGCGUCAUGGACUACGACAAGCCCUCCUCCGAGCUUUGCGCUAUCCUGGAGCGAAUCCUAGCAAGGGCCCGUGAGCACAUCGAGGAGCUUCGGCUGUGUUUUUCUCUAAGCAAUGACUUAAUUCCUCUACCGUGCCUUCGGACGCUAGGGCUCUACGUCAGGAGGAAGGCCGAACAUGGCACGGAACUACUGCGUUGGACGGCCGAGAACUUGGCAAAUGAGACUAUGGCGCCCUCCAUCGAGGUCGGCUUUGCGUUCCCGAAGCUGAGGUGGACCUGGCAGGAUGAGCUUCGACAACACCGCGCCGAAGAUAUGGGCAUCGUGGCUCUUGCUGACCUGAGUAAGGACAGGCAUAGUGUCGAUAACGAGAAAUACAGGGAGUUGUUGGUUCUUUUGUCGUCGUUCGACAGCAUGGAUGGUGUCAUGGCUUCUCGAGUCGCGCAGGGAGUGGUGAACGAACUGAAAAUUGUUGGGCCCCGUCGAGACGAGUCUGGUUUGAAUUGGGACGAGAAGCUGCGGGGUGCCCUGUUCCCUCGGUCCGAGGAUCGAUUGAAAACUUGCCGGGCUACGUCGGGUCUGUACUGUUGAUG